CAUGUAGUAUACCAUUUGAGCAGGAUACUUCACCAUGAGUUUUCUCUAGCUCCUUAUAUAACACAAAAUGUUUCAAAAGAUUUAUUUGUCAACAGACCAACACCUCAACAUAUUAAUGAUAUUUCUUCUCUUGUGCUUUUAAACUUUGCCUUGAAAUAUUGCAGGGACGGAAGGAGUGAAAGUAAUUGUAAUCCUUGGAUUAUCUAGGAUGGCUACAAAUAAACCAGACAUUUGUUUUUCAAAAUGUCUACACCUGAUGUGAGAGAGAAAGGAAACAUGGAAUAAACCCACACUGUUGCCCACACUAACCAUCAAGGAUCUCUCCAAAUAUGGCACAAUGGUUAAUACUAGCAAAGUUCAAGGUCAGACAACUGUCAAGGAUGGAGACGAGGUCAUGUUUGGGUCACCAAAGUCUGUCUUCAUAGCUGUGUAUGAACCACUGGUUGUUUCUACUUCCUGUCUCAGUCCAACCUUAAAGAAGCAGGUCCAACAGUCUGUAAUGAAAUUGGGUGGUCAUAUUGUAGCAGAAUGGUCACGUCAUUGCACAUUGCUUGUUAUGACGUCUAUCAGUGUAACAAUAAAGGUGGUGUGUGCAAUGGUGUCCCUAAAACCGAUUGUCUCCCCUGACUAUCUAGCUGCUUACCUGCAGUCACUAGAAAGUGGUAAAGAACAGCCGGAUCCUGAGAGCUACCUUCCUACAGUGUCAGAAUCUCAGAUAGAUCCUACGGAGGUGAGCUUCACCAAUAAUACAGAGCGCAAGAAAAUUUUCGAGGGAAAAACUUUCAUAUUUCUUCAACAAAAACAGUUCCAGAAGAUGAGUCUAGCAGUUGAACUUGGGGGAGGAAUGCCAUUGUUGAUGGAAACUCGCCCUAAAGAACGGAGUGAUCAGGCCAUCCUCACACAUAAAAACACAGUUGUAAUGAAUUGUGGCCUUGAUGUUGGUGCAGCAAGCGAGUGGAAAGAAUGGUACAGAUAUGUGGAAAAGACACUUGCUAGACACAAACAACACAUGAGUCAAGACGCAGAGCUGGGAUUGGCAGUUUUACACUGUGAUACAGACCAAUACUGUAAUCCCUGUGUAGACUUUGCCAGUCAGGGAGGUUUACGACUCCCCAGUCAGUCUCUGUCCCAGGCACCAGUAUUUACACAGACACAGAAAGUGAUACAAGAGGAGACAACUCUAUCUCCAACACAGCCUGCAGGAAUAAAAUCAUCCUGUGUAACUCUCAGUGUGAAAAGCAAAGAGUCACAAAGAACAAAAGUGCCAGGUCAAGGACACAAAGACACAGAUGUGACUUAUAAACCCUCAGGUCAAAGUUCACACAUAGACAGGUCGCAACAUUCUGGUCAAAAACAAGCACAAUCACCUCCUCCUAAAAGAAAACCAGACAAAUCUGCAACUUCGCCCACCAGAAGAAGUCCAAGGUCAAAAUCACUGUCUCCAGUUCCUGAUAAAGAUGAAUCUUUCAAUCUAAGGUCAAGGUCACCAGCAUCUCCAGGUUCAAGAAGGUUAAAUCUGAGGUCAUCUCCUGUUCCUGAAGUUGUAACAGAUACCUCAACAUCAAGAGGACCUUUGACAAAGAGAGGGGUUAAACCCAGUCCAAGAAUGGAUAAAAAUGAUGAGACAGACAUUGUUGAUAUUAAAAAGGAGAAAAAUGCUCAGAAGACAAAGUCUCGACCUGGAAAACAGCAGAUUAUUGAGGACGAUUCGGAUGAGGAUUACGGUUUUACGAGAAAAUCUAAAAAACAGCGAGACAAUUCAGAUGAGGUCCGUAAUGAGGACAACCCAUUUGAUUGGACAAGUCGUAAAAGCACUGUUAAGAUGGCAUCAAAUUCUGAAAAAGGUUUGAAGAAAGAAAGAGAUGAUGAUUUUAUCAUACUGGACCCCGAUUCUGAGACGGAGGACAACAGAGGUAAAACUUUGUUGUCUGGUAAGUGUCAGGAGGUGAGGGUGUCUGAUUCAGAUUCUGAUUCAGGAUCAGGGUGGGCAGGUAAAGGUAAAAGUAGGUCACCAAUAGGUCAGAAAGGUCAACAGGCAAAAAGCAUAGUAGAAGUAGUAGGUGAAUCACAAAAAUUAGGUUGUAGAAAAAGGAAGUUAGAUGAUUCAUCAGAUGAAGAGGAUAAAGGUCAAAAGUCAAGAAGGAAAAUCAAACAAGAACCAGGAAUAAGCCCACCCUUAGCUUCCACUAGAGGUCAUCAAGGUCAAAGAAGGAUGGAGGAACAAGAGCAUGAGCAGACAGGCAGACAGGAAGUGAAUGCUAAGCAGGAGAGGAUAACUCCACGCAAAACUGCUGUAGACAGAACUGUGGACCAGGAAACAGUACAGACCACAACACAAAAGCAGGAGAAGAGGAGAGAACUCCCAUCUGUUUCUGGAUUUCUGUCAGCAGUACGAGGACAAGCCAAGGACGAGUACAAUCACCAUAGCAACUAUGUCAAGGAGGAAGGCAUUCCAACUGACCUGGUGCAGACAGUAUUUGUCGAUUUAAUGAUUCGACGACCUUCUCAAACUAAAAAAUCUCCUCAAAGGUCAAAUACAGACGUUCCUCCUGGAUAUUCACCUUGGAAAGGUUGCAUAGUAAAAAAUUUCAAGAAGUUCAAAAAGGCUGGUGUUGCUAGCCUUGACAGACUUCCUAAGAUCAUUGGAGGAAGUGGUCUCAUUCCACAUGUAACAUCUCAGCGUCAAGAACUGGAUGAGUGGUUUAGGGAAGCUCAGCAGGCAGAGAGCCAACAAUCUGAGGCAAACAGACGUGCACAGGAACUGUUUGAAUGGGAACCUCGAUCUCAUUCCAGCAACAGAUCUCGCUUAUAACAAAAUAUUUGACCAGUCACGUGACUGGUCACUGCAUAACAAGAUAUCAUACAAGGAUUUCCACCAGUCGUGUAAUUGAUCACCUUGGAACUGUCUGCCAAUUUUAUCAGUGUUUGUAAAUUUUAUGAAAUGAAAUCUAGCCACAUUUUUGUUUAACUUAACGAUUGUUAUCAUCAAAAAGACAUUAAGAGAUAAUUUUUAAUGUCUUUACAAGUCAUCAUUGUUAUGUAUAUAUAUUGUGUAUUAAUCUAAAUUCAGAUGUGCUGUGUUUACAUGCAUUGCAUCAUAUUGAUUGUUUACAUAAAAACCUGUUUAUAAUUAUUUGUCACAAUAUGUGUAAAUAGUGCUAGGCAGAUUUUUCUAGAAAGCUCGGUUAUUAGAAAGACCUGUGUGUUUCUGGAAGUUUCUAGAGACACAUGUAAACAAGCUGGGUACCUGCUAGUCUAGAAUCAUCUAGAAAAGAACCUUCUAGAAACCUUUAGUGUAUAUAAACAUGAUGAAACUGAGUCUGAGCAGCCUUUUUGAUGUAUUUAGUGAGCUUACUUUGAGACUUCAGUCUGUAAAGUGUGGACUUGCACUUAUAUAUAUACGAAGUGAGGAAACCAUUCUUGGAUUAUUCUGCGGUUACCCUGUUUCCUGGACAAUCUGUUGUGAAUUCUUCUGGAUUUGGAGGCCUUCCACGGAAAGAUAAGGUCUGACUUUUGAUAGUUAGUAGCUAGCUCUGUACACCAUCACAAAAUUUGUAA